AUGUGUGAGCUGUGUGGAGAGCAUCAGGAAACUGUGGAGCAUUGUUUGUUGCUUUGUCCUUGGACCAAGGCGGUUUGGUUUGGUAGCACUCUUUGUUACAUUCCGGAUAUAGCUUCAAUUUGUACUCUUGAUGUUUGGCUGCUUGCUAUGUUUAAGAAAUUCAGUGGUGGAGAUGGUGGUAUUUCUAACCUUUUCUUGUUAGUUUGCUUCCAUCUAUGGGAAAUAUGGAAGCAAAGAUGCAAGGCAGUCAUGAAGAAGAUUCUCCCAGACCCGGCUGCUACAAUUGAGCGUAUUCAGCGCAGUUUUGCCGAGUGGUCUGUUGUUCAGCCUAUUCUGCCGGAAGGGAAUAUGGAGGUUGGUCAGGUGGUCAGGUGGCUUCCUCCUCCUCCAGGUUUUGUGAAGGUGAACUUUGAUGCCUCUUGGAAUUCAAAACAUCCUAAGUGUGGAUUGGGAGUGGUUAUUCGUGAUGAGAAGGGUGUGUGUUUAGUGGGAGCAAGUCGUGUCAGUUCUCAUAAUUCUGCGGUUGAGGCUGAGUCUAUGGCGGCUUUGGUGGGGCUUCAUAUGGUGGCUGACAUGCAUCACAAGAAGGUGGUGAUAGAAGGUGAUUGCAAGGAGAUUAUAAGCGCUCUCAUGGGUGAUUCUUGUGCUAAUUGGAGGUAUGUCCCUUUUUAA